AUGAAAUAUUUCCGAAAAAUCAUUGCUGGAAUAACUGAUAAUGCUACAUCAAUGGUUAAGGCCCUUACUAACCUUGGAAUUAUUCAUAUUCGUUGCAUAGCAUACACUCUUCAGCUUUCUGUUAUGGAUUCUUUAAAAUCUGAAGAAGUAACAAAGUUAAUUAAACCAGUAGCUACAGCAUCUGCUACACAUUGGAAUUCAACAUUUGUACUUUUAGAACGUUUGCUAUUAUUGUAUAAAUUAGUACAAUUAUUUACUAAAAAAAUAACUCAAGAUGUUGAUCAAGAAAUUCGUAAUGAUGGAAAAAGACUAAAUACUCUAUUGUUAAAUGAAAGUGAAUUAUUAGGUCUUAAAGAACUUGUGAUUUUAUUAGAACCUUUUGCUCAUGCAACAUCUUUAAUGGGUAGUAGUACAUAUCCUACACUCUCUCUUAUGCUUCCAACAAUUGCGACCCUUCAAGAAUAUUUGUUUAAAAUAGAACCAGUGCUUACUUCUCAAGUUGUUCGUAAUGAAGAUCCAAAAAUAGAAGAAUAUUUAGCUGCAAUCUUAGAUUCUAAAUUUAAAAAUCUGGAAUUUGCUCCUGAAAAAUUUGAAGAGAUCAAAAAAUGUCUAAAACAAAAAAUGCAAGCACUAGAUGAGAGUGAAAUUUUGGAUGAGCAACCAACAAUAAAACUAUUUUCAAAAUUGGCAUCUUUUUUUAACAAUGCUCCUAUCAUUAAAAAAAUUACCUCUCCAGUUGAUAUAGAAUUAAAGACAUAUUUUAAAUUACCUCAAAUGAUACUAUAUGAUCCCAAUGAUCCAGAAUAUAAAACUGAAAAUCUACUUUCUUGGUAG